AUGUCUGCAGCGCUCGUGUAUGCCGACUACUACAAUUCCGAGUAUGAUGACUCGAGGUCCAACUCUCCCUAUCCACCCAGCACGCCUGCUUCCAGCGACAACGAGGGAAGCACAGGUCGACGUCGCCGCCCAGCAUCGCUUACUCUCCACGGGGGAAUACCGGCUACUUUUCGGUUGUCCCUCGAUGCCAUCCCUGACCACAAACUACGCGAAGUGAUCCUGAAGGUUGCUGAGCGCAACCCUCAGUUUCAACGCGCAGUCCACAGGGAACUUGCGAGGGUCGAUAUCGAUUGUUCACCGCGUUCCCCUUCCUUACCGCUUCAUCCCCCUCUGCAAACACCUCCAACGACACCGACGACACCUCGUAAGCCAACGCUGAGACAUGAGGGUGGGCCAAGCACGUCCUUCAAUGGACGAUCGGACGCGGUGAUGGAGGAGCCUGAGGCGACACCUAAAGCCAGGACCAGAAGCAAGAAAUCGAGACACUCGCGCGGUCGAAAACGCUCGGCUUCGUCCAGUUUACCUGCCUCCUCAUCUGCCUCUUCGGAUAGCAAGCGUUCCAGAGAUACGGAUACCUCAGGACAUGAUCCUUCCUUCGAAGAGACGAUUUACCACCCCGGCCAUCUAAAGGAAGAUGCAUACGAGUUCUUCACACGUUCCCCGGAGGGGGCUACGUUCAAGUCAGUUCAGACCAUCACCAUGUGGAACUGUUGCGACGAGGACGAAUGGAGUCCGGGGUGUGUGCGAAUCAGGUCUCCGAGUAGGCCAGCGCUGGACUUUGGAUCCCGAGGGGAUGCGAGGGGAGUUAGCCAUGGGGUCCCCUCUUUGCCGAAACUCUUGGUGGACACACGGAUCUCGCCCAUGCUUGACGACGAUGAAGACUUUGCUUCGCUGGCGACAGCGAAGUUCUCCCCUCUUGAGGAUACCGCCCACCUGGAAUUGUCGCACACAGAAGCAGAUGUUUACCCAGAUUCGGAGUUGGAGGUUCUUGAGAUGGGACCGCUAUCGCCUAGACUAAAGUUCGAGGCUGCAUUGAAGAGCGCAUAA